AUGAAAGAGGUGGGUAAUGGAUAUGUUUGUCCGAAUGACCGUCAGCUCCAGUUACGUGCAAAGCUCAAUUCUGGUUGGUCUUUUCAUACAUCUCGUACAAACACAAAUCGUACUAUACCCACGGCACUUAGACUAAAUAAUCAACAAACAUUUAAAGAUGAAGAGUUAGAACGAAUCAAGAAAGUAAUUGAACGAGCACAAAGAAUAGAUAUGAUUGAACAAGAACGUGUUGGAAAAUUAAUUGAUCGAUUAGAUAAUAUGAAAAAACAUGCAGCAGGAAAUGGAUCGACACAAUGUGUUCUAUGCGCAGAUAGUUUUGGAAUGUUAGGAGCUUCAUCGGUGGCGUGUACAGACUGUUAUAAGAGUGUUUGUAAUAAAUGUAGCAUUGAAACUGUGAAUCCAGUAAAUCAACAAAUUGUCUCCUUAUGUAAAAUAUGUAGUGAAAAUCGUGAAUUAUGGAAAAAGUCUGGCGCUUGGUUUUUCCGUUCAUUGCCCCGGUAUGUUCUUCCAUCAAAUGUUAAACAAUCUUUGCCAGUGGUUACAAAUUUUACGAAAAGUGGUCAUAAUUCGUCGGACGAUGAUAGUAGUUCUGAUGAACAUCAACAUCGUCCAUCCGGUGACAAAUUUAAUCAUCGACAAUCGCCAUCAUCACCUUUUCCUGCGAUAACUACAAAUCCAUUUCAACAACAAUUUCAACAAAAUCAACAGUUAGAAAAUUCCUCCUCAAUGCCUACAACUAAUGAAAAUAGUAUGGAUUCAUUUAAACUAGAUGGAGAAAGGAGUAAUACAAAAUUGUCAAUUGACGAUUAUCUACCCAAAUCACAAACAAAAUCAGCGUCUGUAUCAGUAAAUGUUAAUAAUAAUAAUAAUAUCGUUCGCAAAUCUUCUAUCAUGAACACGUCACCUAGUAGUGAAGAUUGUGGUUUUGGUUCACUCGAAUUUGAAUUAUUAUACAAAGACAGUCUAAAUAUCUUAACCAUACGUUUAAUUAGAGCAAAACAUUUACGUUCUUGUGAUUCAAACGGUCUCAGUGAUCCAUAUGUUAAAAUUCAUUUGGUACCUGGCGUAGCUAAAGCAACAAAAUUGCGAAGUAAUACCAUACGUCGUACAUUAAAUCCAGAAUUCGAUGAAACAUUAGUAUAUCAUGGCGUCACUGUUGACGAUAUGAAAACAAAAGCACUCAAAUUAACUGUACUUGACGAAGAUUCGAUUGGUGCUGAUUUUAUUGGUGAAUAUCGUUUGAAGUUAUCAUCAAUUAAAUCAGAUAUAAAAGAAUCAUUUUCUAUUUAUUUACAUAAUAAAACAGACGUAAGAUAUCCACUGAACGAACAGACAUCGAAAGAACUAAAUAAAGUGUUUUCUAAAAAGUUGCCUGGUGAUGAAGACAAAACUGAACGUGGUAAAUUAUUAGUUGGUUUACUAUAUUCUAAAUCGACGAAUGAUUUUCAUGUUAAAUGUAUUCGUGGUAGUCAGUUACUUCCCAUGGAUUUUGGGAAAAGUUCAGAUCCAUAUAUUAAAUUAUCGUUAUAUCCACUGCCGGCUGACUCUAAAAGUGGCGAUAAAUGGCGUUUUAAAACAUCUUGUAUUAAAAAAACACUACAUCCAGAAUUUAAUGAAGAAUUUGUUUUUCAUCAAAUACAAUUGAAAGAUUUAAUUAGUAAAACGUUACAAAUUACUGUGUACGACAAAGAUGUGGGCAAGAAAGACGAUUAUAUAGGUGGAUUUGAACUUGGUCAUAAUGGUUCGGGUGAUGAAUUAGCACACUGGUUAACAAUGGUCAAAUCACCAAAUCAAUGGACUGAGAUGAAGUUCCGUGUAAUGCGGAUAAAGUCAUUAGCCGCUCAAACAGCCUUGCGUGAAUCGACAUUCGCUCAGUUAGAUGCAAAUCAACAAGCACAAGAUGAACAAUUACGUUUGUUGAAUGUCGAUCUUCAAUUUAAAUUAUCAAAAACCGAUGGAAUUGUGCAAAAAUUACAAGCUGAUGUGGAAAACAUUAGUCACGGACUACGUGAUAUACAAAAUACCCAACAGGAAUUGAAUCGUAUGAAUGCACAACGAUAUCAAGAAUUAAAAAAUGAGCUUACAACUCUCAGUCAACGAUUAGAUCGUAUGUUUAAUGAACAACAAGUUGUUUUACGUUCAUUCGAAACUGACACAGCUCGAGCAUUGUCAACAGCCGAUUCACGUUCAAGAGCAUUUGUUGAUGAAUUAAGAAGUCAAUUUUUUCAAACAAAAAGUCAGGAUGAUAGUGAACGAGAAAGAAAUGAACAGCGUAUGCAUCAAAAAUUAGAUGAAAUUAAAAGAACACUCGAGAAAUAUGAUCGUCUUGAAAAACGUAUUGAUGAUGUUGUUCAUCAGUUUGAACGUAAAACAGCCACAUUAGAAGAUCAAUAUAAACGCACCGUAUCGGAUUUAAAUCGAAGUAAUGAGACUGUUGAACAAACAGUUUAUAGACGUUUUGAUGAAAAAUAUCAGCGUACAUCAACCAAUUUAGAAAAAGUAAAGAAAGAAAUGCGAACAUGUUUUGAAUCAUUAGAAGGUUCAGUGAAAACAUUACAACGCAUUACCGAUGGACGAAUCAAAGUGGCUGAAGAAAAAUUUGAUAAAGAAAUUGAUAAAGUUCGAAAAAUGGUCGUUCUUAUUUGA